AUGAAGUGUGCAGCUGGCACCCCAUACGUCAUGCAGCCUGAGAUUGAGCAUGUUUUGAAACCAGGCCGGGCCUCAAAGAUCCAGCACGCUUUCCGGAACCGCCGAGACCACGUCUGUCGGGAGAACGUGAUCACCUCUUCCAAGCAGGGCCUGUGCGUGAGAAUAUGGAUGUAUGGGUCUGCGUGUGGUGAACCCAGUGCUGUGAGUAAUCAGAAAGGGAAAAACAAGAAUCAAGUGUCCUUAUUGGAAUUAAAUGUACAUAGCACUGUUGACAGGGAGGAGAAAGCAUAUAAAUGUAUCGAAUGUGGAAAGAGCUUCUCUCAUAAUUCAAAUCUACAUAGACAUCAAAGGACUCACACUGGGGAGAAACCCUAUAACUGCCUGGAGUGUGGACAGAGCUUCACUCAGAAGGCACACUUACAUACACAUCAAAGGACUCACACUGGGGAGAAACCCUAUAACUGCCUGGAGUGUGGACAGAUCUUCGUUCGUAGUUCAGGACUACGUUCACAUCAAAGGACUCACACUGGGGAGAAACCCUAUAAAUGCCUGGAGUGUGGACAGAGCUUCGCUGAUAGUUCAGCACUACGUAGACAUCAAAGGACUCACACUGGGGAGAAACCCUAUAACUGCCUGGAGUGUGGACAGAGCUUUUCUCAUAGUACAGGACUACGUUCACAUCAAAGGACUCACAUUGGGGAGAAACCCUAUAACUGCCUGGAGUGUGGACAGAGCUUCUCUCAUAAUUCAAAUCUAUAUAGACAUCAAAGGACUCACACUGGGGAGAAACCCUAUAACUGCCUGGAGUGUGGACAGAGCUUUCCUCAGAAGGGACACUUACAUAGACAUCAAAGGACUCACACUGGGGAGAAACCCUAUAACUGCCUGGAGUGUGGACAGAGCUUCACUCAGAAGGCACACUUACAUACACAUCAAAGGACUCACACUGGGGAGAAACCCUAUAACUGCCUGGAGUGUGGACAGAGCUUCGCUCGUAGUUCAGGACUACGUUCACAUCAAAGGACUCACACUGGGGAGAAACCCUAUAAAUGCCUGGAGUGUGGACAGAGCUUUGCUCAUAGUUCAGGUCUACGUUCACAUCAAAAGACUCACACUGGGGAGAAACCCUGUAAAUGCCUGGAGUGUGGACGGAGCUUUACUCAGGGGGGACAUUUACGUUCACAUGAAAGGAUUCACACUGGGGAGAAACCCUAAAACUGCCUGGAGUGUGGACAGAGCUUUGCUCAUAGUUCAGUACUACGUUCACAUAAAAGGACUCACACUGGGGAGAAACCCUAUAACUGCCUGGAGUGUGGACAGAGCUUCACUCGUAGUUCAGGCCUACGUUCACAUCAAAGGACUCACACUGGAGAGAAACCUUAUAACUGCCUGGAGUGUGGACAGAGCUUUACUCAUAGUACAGGACUACGUUCACAUCAAAGGACUCACAUUGGGGAGAAACCCUAUAACUGCCUGGAGUGUGGACAGAGCUUCUCUCAUAAUUCAAAUCUAUAUAGACAUCAAAGGACUCACACUGGGGAGAAACCCUAUAACUGCGUGGAGUGUGGACAGAGCUUUCCUCAGAAGGGACACUUACAUAGACAUCAAAGGACUCACACUGGGGAGAAACCCUAUAACUGCCUGGAGUAUGGACAGAGCUUCACUCGUAGUUCAGGCCUACGUUCACAUCAAAGGACUCACACUGGGGAGAAACCCUAUAACUGCCUGGAGUGUGGACAGAGCUUCACUCGUAGUUCAGGCCUACGUUCACAUCAAAGGACUCACACUGGGGAGAAACCCUAUAACUGCCUGGAGUGUGGACAGAGCUUCACUCGUAGUUCAGUACUACGUUCACAUCAAAGGACUCACACUGGGGAGAAACCCUAUAACUGCCUGGAGUGUGGACAGAGCUUCACUCGUAGUUCAGGCCUACGUUCACAUCAAAGGACUCACACUGGGGAGAAACCCUAUAACUGCCUGGAGUGUGGACAGAGCUUCGCUCGUAGUUCACGACUACGUUCACAUCAAAGGACUCACACUGGGGAGAAACCCUAUAACUGCCUGGAGUGUGGACAGAGCUUUCCUCAGAAGGGACACUUACAUACACAUCAAAGAACUCACACUGGGGAGAAACCCUAUAACUGCCUGGAGUGUGGGCAGAGCUUUACUCUGAAGGGAAACUUACAUAGACAUCAAAGGACUCAUGCUGGUGAGAAACCCUAUAAAUGCCUGGAGUGUGGACAGAGCUUCGCUGAUAGUUCAGCACUACGUAGACAUCAAAGGACUCACACUGGGGAGAAACCCUAUAACUGCCUGGAGUGUGGGCAGAGCUUUACUCAGGGGGCACAUUUACGUUCACAUCAAAGGACUCACACUGGGGAGAAACCCUAUAAAUGCCUGGAGUGUGGACAGAGCUUUGCUCAUAGUUCAGGUCUACGUUCACAUCAAAAGACUCACACUGGGGAGAAACCCUGUAAAUGCCUGGAGUGUGGACGGAGCUUUACUCAGGGGGGACAUUUACGUUCACAUGAAAGGAUUCACACUGGGGAGAAACCCUAAAACUGCCUGGAGUGUGGACAGAGCUUUGCUCAUAGUUCAGUACUACGUUCACAUAAAAGGACUCACACUGGGGAGAAACCCUAUAACUGCCUGGAGUGUGGACAGAGCUUCACUCGUAGUUCAGGCCUACGUUCACAUCAAAGGACUCACACUGGAGAGAAACCUUAUAACUGCCUGGAGUGUGGACAGAGCUUCGCUCGUAGUUCAGGACUACGUUCACAUCAAAGGACUCACACUGGGGAGAAACCCUAUAACUGCCUGGAGUGUGGACAGAGCUUUCCUCAGAAGGGACACAUACAUACACAUCAAAGAACUCACACUGGGGAGAAACCCUAUAACUGCCUGGAGUGUGGACAGAGCUUUGCUUGUAGUUCAGGACUAUGUUCACAUCAAAGGACCCACACUGGGGAGAAACCCUAAAACUGCCUGGAGUGUGGACAGAGCAUUGCUCAUAGUUCAGGACUACGUUCACAUCAAUGGACUCACACUGGGGAGAAACCCUAUAACUGCCUGGAGUGUGAACAGAGCUUCACUCAAAAGGGAAGGUUGCAUACACGUCAAAGGAUUCACACUGGGGAGAAACCCUAUACGUGCCUGGAGUGUGGGCAGAGCUUCACACAUAGUUCAGGCCUACGUUCACAUUAAAGGACUCACACUGAGGAGAAACCCUAUAACUGCCUGGAGUGUGGACAGAGCUGAAUUUAUCCAGUGUUCGAUGUCAGAGUCAUUGAUAUUCAAGUCCUCUUUCCAUAUCUCGGCCAAUGUUUGUUUCAGUUUAUAUUGUUUUUCAAUUAAUUUCUUAUGUAUAAAACCCAUCAGGCCUUUCUCCUUUUCUAAUUUCCAUUUUGAAAUUUGGUCAAAAUCUGUUUCUGGAUCUUCCUUUUUCUUCCAAUUCAUAAUCCUUUAUUUCAGUCCAUUCCAAAGAAGCCAGUUACUUUGACCACAAAUGUCUUUUAUCAUUUCCCAAACCUUAGUUGUCCAAUCUGGGUUUGAGAAGUCUCUUAUUAAUUUCAUUCCAUUUUGUUUUAAAUUUGUUAAUUUACCAAAUAUCUAUUCCUUUUCAUUGUCUAUAAACCCUAUUGGGAAUAUAUCUACUGUAUUUAUUGGUAAUUUACCUUGCCAUUUUUCCCAGCACGCCAUGGAUGAGAUCAUUGGUCCUCCUUUGAUUUCUUUUAGAGUUUAUUGUCCACCCAUCCUUUUAAACACAGGCAAUUGUGCCAUCCGUUAAUUGUUUUUUUCAAUUCUGACCCAUCUUCUUGAGUCAUCAAAAUCUAAUUCUAACAAUCUUGUUAAUUCGCAGGCUUCAUAAUAGUCUUGUAGAUUAGGUGCCCCCCAUCCUCCGUUUUGUUCUGAGGAGUAGAAUACUGAAUUGGGAAUUCUGGUUUUAUUUCCUCCUGCUAUCCAAGUUUUUAUUGAAUUGUCCCAUUUCUUAAUUACUUUACUGGGGAUACUAUAUGGAAGGACUUGGAACAGGAAUAAAAAUUUGGGGAGAACCAUCA